CCUUAAGAUAUGAGAUCUAAAAUGAAAAUAUGGUAUGUUGCUUGUUAUAACACUUAUGAAAUUAAUUUUUUUCACACGAUGACGUGUAUAUUACUUGUCAAAAAAACUUCUCCAGUUGAAUAUAUAAUGCACACGAGGAAUCACUCUUAUUCAACAGAAUAAUUAGCUGGCAAAAUAUUAUUUUUUCAUAAAUAAAUCACAUCCUUUAGCUAUAUAUACAUGCCUAAGAUAUAUCCAAAGAUUUCAUAUCUUCUCCUUUAUCAUGAAAUUAUUUCCUAUGUCAUCCUCUAGGUUCUACCUUUUUCACUUUUGUUUUCUCCUCAUCACAUCCACUAGUUUAUCAAAAUCCAAUUUCCAACCUAAAACUUUAUUCCUUUUAGUCAAAAAAGAUCCAUCCAGCCUACAAUACAUUACAAAAAUUCACCAAAGAACACCUCUUGUCCCUCUUAAACUUGCCAUCCAUAUUGGUGGUGAAAGCCUAUGGGUGGAUUGUGAAAAUGGCUACAAAAGCUCAACGUACAACCCCGCUCGUUGCAAUUCGAGGCAAUGUAGUCUUGCUAGGUCAACAUCCUGUGGAAAUUGUUAUGGAAAUAACACAACACGACCAGGUUGCAACAACAACGCGUGUUAUAACGUUGUUACAAGUCCUAAUAGCUAUACUGAUGGUGAAAUCGCGGACGAUGUUUUAUCAAUCCAAUCAAUUAAUGGAUCAAUUCCAGGCCCUAUUGCAACUGUGCCAAAUUUUAUCUUUAGUUGUGCUGCGUCCAAUUUGACACAAAAUUUAGGCAAAAAUGUUAAGGGAAUGGUUGGUUUUGGCCAGCAGAGUCCAGUAUCAUUUGCUACUCAACUUGCAUCAAAUUUUAAAUUCAGCAGACAAUUCGCCAUUUGUUUGAGCUCAUCAACUAAACGAAAUGGCGUAAUUUUCAUCGGCCAUAGCCCUUAUUUCAUUAGCCUUGCAUAUGAUGCAUCGCGAGAUCUAAUCUACACACCUAUAAUCACCCAACCGCGUUAUUUUACCAUAACCUACCCACAUUAUGUACGUAUCAAUCGCGCUUCCCCAGAAUAUUACAUUCAAGUUUCUUCCGUUAGAAUUAACGGAAAAAAUUUGCGAUUAAAUAAGACGUUACUCACCUUGGAUGAAAAUGAAGAAGGUGGAACGAGAAUCAGCACGGCCAUUCCUUAUACUGAAUUGGAGGCUUCUAUUUACGAUGUUGUAAGUAAAAGUUUUGUGAGUGAAAUGUCGAAAGAGGUGAAAAAAGUACCUGCAGUGCAACCUUUUAAAACAUGUUUCAACUCGACAUAUAUUGGCAUGUCACGACUAGGUUACAAUGCACCUGAAAUUAACCUCGUAUUCCAGAAGGCAAACGUUUAUUGGACGAUUAUUGGAGCGAAUUCGUUAAUAAAAGUUAGUAACGAUGUUAUAUGUCUAGCAUUUGUUGAAAGGAAAAAAGUAUCAGGACAAGCAAUUGUUAUUGGUGGGUAUCAAAUGCAGGACAACCUUGUUGAAUUUGAUCUUGCAAGAAGCAGAAUUGGUUUUAGUAACUCACUUUUUUUCCAUCAAACUAUGUGUUCAAAUCACAAUUAUGCUUAGAAAAUUGAUAUGUUGCUCGGACUCUUCAAAGAUGUUGACUGGUGUGUAUUGAAUCCUACAAUUGUAGUAUAUUUUUGGAGGAUCCGAUACGUGUGUGGCGAUAUUUUUAGAGAGGAAAAUUGUCAUUUGUGUUUCUUGUUGACUUAAUUAAUGAUGUGAAAAAGGCUUGCUGACUAAUUAAGGAAAGGGGUCAUAUUACUUCUCUGUAUAUAUUUCUUAUUCAAUAAUCUUCAUAUGUAGUUGCAAUCUUCAAUUAAUGAUGUCAAGAUGCUAACUCAAUAAGCUAAUAUUGUGAUAGUAUUUGCCAUGUGAAGUUGAAGGUCGUCGUAUUCUUUUAUCAAA